AUGAGGCCCUGCACUACCUCUGGGAGUAGCAAUGCUGCAGCAGUCCAGCAAAUGCUUGAGGAUGCAUUGAGAAUCGAUGACGAUGGCGAAGUAAAUAGGGGGGAGGGGACUACUUACCACUCUUCCGAAACACUAGAACCGGAAGAAUUCAUUCAACCAGAUUCCAUGCUUGUCAAACCAGAUCAAAGCACACCCGAAUCCGAUAGCCUCCUUAUUCCCUACGAGAAUUUCACUGGUGCUAUCUUAGGCUCCUCGUUCCGCUUCCUGGGCCUUGACCGUAGCGAAAACCAUGGCGACGUGUACUUGUUAGAAAGACUCAGUCCCAGCGACAACAAGUAUGAAGCAAAAGCCUACAUUCUCCAUGGCAUCCCCCAAAAGCUAUACAAGUACCGUAUCAGAAAUCUGAAGAGACUAGCGGGCAACUGCUCCUUCGUGUGCUCAGUCAACCAGCAGGGGAGAAAGUUUGUAGUCAACCGACGACCCAAAACUGUGCCUGCGUAUCCUACGCCGCCCUCUCAGCUCGGUGCCAUGGGUCGUCGCGGGACGCCAGAGUUCCAGAAAGCGUUUCCAAAACUCCCCAAACCAGGUAGGCCCGCUGACUGCUCUUUUUGCGUCAGCUUCGACUUAGUGCCAUCCAAAGAAUCGCUGGCUAACCAUCUUGAAGCACGCAUUCAGACUUCUGAGCCAACCUCGAGAACGAAGACGGACUCACUGGUUGACUCUAUCGAACAGCAUCUCCAGACGAAGGAAGUACAAUCUCUCCUGCCUCCCGGAGGCUCAGAGCUCUUGAAAACAGCGUUGAGAGCCACUUUUGCCUCAAUAGCCAUCGAUUUCAGUCUGGUGCAAAACUCAGAGGCCACCAAGCCGAAGGUUGAGCGGACAUGGCGUCAGAUGGAGAGCAGAAGGAUCAGACAAUGGCGGUCCCGGGUGAAAAAAAGGGCGGAGAAAAGAUUGGAGAAAGGGGUAGAGGAUGGGAACCAAUGA